AUGGCUGCCGUCGUGCAGCAUUUGCACAACGCUGUGAGGGGCGUGCUAGGCUUCACCGCGAGCCUGGUUGUGAUUCCCGGCGUGUUGUUGCCAGUGAGGCGACACCGUGCAAAGGAUGCACAAGACAUGGGCAAAGAAGCCAAGGAACUGGCCAAGAUUUGCUCGGAGAUGUACAAAAGACCAGCACAAAGAACUCAGAGCCUUUUCCAAUGGUAUCUCCUUGAUGGCUUCAACCACGACAAGUGGGCCCUUUACAACAGGGGCACUGACUUGUUGCUUGCGUCUCAAGGGACUCACGAGUGGGCGGACUUUUAUUCAGACCUCAUGAUCAUCUUCAACGGCGAGUCGAUGAUGAACCUCGACCCCUACGUGGAGAGCUUGGAGGCGGCUCAAAGCAAGCAUCCGGACAUAUCCCGGAUCAUGGUCACUGGGCACUCCCUAGGAGGUACCAUGGCCUGGGCCGUGGCGAAGCGUCCGCAGGACCUGGGACGUGCAGAAGUCGAAGGGCACGUAUUCAACCCUGGUUCGACCUGGGACUUCGACAAGUACUGCACAGAGGAGCGGCUCAGCAAAGUCGUGGCCCACCAUGUGGUCGGCGACGUGUUGUCUGCAGGCUGGUCAAAAACAGUCCAGAUGGCUGAGCCGAAGGCCAAGGCGAAGCCCAAUCCUCGUUGGAAGUGUCCGAAGAGUUUUCCACUGCUUCACGCGGGGCUGGAGGGCCAUCUCUACAGGGAGCCCAGUCGUAUGGGUCCUGAGCGCUGGAAGCAUCCAGAAAACGUCGUGGGGACGAGGCAGUGGUACCAAGCCAACAACCUGAGUUACAAGAGGGGCGCCCGGGAUGCUGGCCGAGGAGAUUGGGUCCACUGCGGCACUGGGGCGGUCCAGGGUGAGCUGAAGAAGAAAAGCGUCCCGCGCUGGCCGGCAACCAAAGUCAAGGAGAAAGCCAAGAAGUCGAGUUCUUUCACUUCCAAGGUCUCCCUCUUCCUCAGCAAAGAUGUGCAGCGGUCGGCUGAAAGCCUUCUCAGCCUUAGUGGCAGCCAGAGCUUGCCGAGCAUAGUCCUCGGACAAGUACCUUACCCUCCCACACCGGCCUUCGUGCGGGACAUGAUGCGGCGCUGGUGUGAAGAAGAUGCCGCACGCGAGGAGAGAGAGCGUCAAGAGGCCGAGGAAGCGGCUCGUCUUCUUGAGGAGUUCAACCAGUAG